AUGUGGAAAUCUAGGCAUUCCCCAUUCCUAAGGCUCGUAUUGACAUUGAGACUUAAUAAGUUUGCUAGCCCUGUGGUUGAUCUUUCUGGGAUACAAGAGAACGACAUGGAGAAAUUAGCUUCCCUGGUGAAAUGCCUCCUUAGUAGCAAAGUGAAUAACAUUGAUGGAAUUCCAAUUGAGAUGGAGGAUUUUCUUUGCAUUGUUAGUAAUGUUUGGCAAGCUCAAAUUAGGGGAACUUUUCAAUUCCAAGUAAACCAAAAACUAAAGCUCUUGAAAGUUGAGUUCAACAAAAUCAACAAGGAAAAAGUUGGCGAUGUUACAAUCAAGGCUAUUGAGGCAAAGGAGCAACUUUCAGCUUGUCAAAGGCGUCUUAAUACCAACCCCCUUCAAGAUUGA